AUGGGGACAGCCUGUAACCUUAACAGCCUGGUCUGUGGACAGGAGUACUCUGUUGUUGUGGAGGCAAUGCACACAGGCUGUCCUGGACCUGCCAGUGCCCCAGCCAUGCUCACUACAGAGCCCUGUGUUCCCACAAAUCUCUCUGUCCACUACAAUGUGAGCACUGCCCUGGCGAUGUGGGGUGCAGCAGGAGGUGCCAGCUCCUACUCUGUUGAAGCUGUGACUGACCAGGGCUCCACAGUCAGCUGUAACACCACCAACAACAGCUGCUUCCUGAAUGGCCUGCAGUGUAGUCAGAUCUACAACGUGACUGUGACUGCACACAACCUGGCCUGUGACAGUUUGACGUCUGAAAUCCAUCGUCUCAUGACAGAACCCUGUCCACCCUCCAACGUUCAGGCCAAUAUUGGAUGUGAACAUCUUACUGCGACAGUUUCCUGGGAGCAGAGCGACCUCGCUGUGGGUUAUGUCGCCUACCUUGACAACCACAGUGGCCACUACACUUCCUGCACUGGCACAGACACCCAAUGUAGUGUCUCACGACUGAUGUGUGGCACAGUGUACAGCGUCUGGGUCAAGGCCCUGGGAUGGCAGUACAACAGCUCUGACAGCACAGUGGUGUCGCUUACAUCAGGGCCUUGCCAGCCGAGCAGCAUCGAAGCCAUUAUGGACUGUGAGGCCCGCUCUGCUACCAUAUCCUGGCAGCCCAGCGUUGGAGCCUCGUCCUAUGUUGCUGAGCUCACAGCUUCAUCAGGCCACACCGACAGCUGCGCCACCAAUCACACCAACUGUGAGCUGAGCUCUCUGCAGUGCGGACAGAAAUACAAUGUCACUGUGAUGGCUGUGGGAGAGACCUGCAACAGCACUGCUCAAAUGGCAGGAUACCUCACCACAGAGCCCUGUGUUCCUACAAAUCUCUCUGUCCACUACAAUGUGAGCACUGCCCAGGUGAUGUGGGAUGCAGCAGGAGGUGCCAGCUCCUACUCCAUUGAGGCUGUGACUGAUCAGGGCUCGAUGGUCACCUGUAACACCACCAACAACAGCUGCCGCCUGAGUCGCCUGCAGUGUAGUCAGAUAUACAACGUCACUGUGAUGGCACGAAAUGUGGCCUGCAACAACACUGUGACCUCUGAACCCUACCGCCUCAUGACAGAACCCUGUCCACCCACCAACGUUCAGGCCAAUAUGGCGUGUGAACAGCUUUCUUCAACUGUUUCCUGGCAGCAGAGUGACCUCGCCGUGGGCUAUGUCGCUUACUUUGACAACCAAAAUGGCCACUACAUGUCCUGUGUUGCCACAACCACCCACUGUAGUGUCUCAGGACUGAUGUGUGGCGCAGUGUACAGCGUCUGGGUCAAGGCCCUGGGAUGGGAGUACAACAGCUCUGACAGCACUGUGGUGUCUCUUACAUCAGCUCCGUGCCUGCCCAGAGAGGUAGAGGUAGAAGUCAACUGUAACUCUGAUGGUGCCGCAGUCGUGUCCUGGAAUUCUGCUUAUGGCACAGCAAACGUUUCCCUGACAGCUAUUGUCAGUGGGAGUCUUCAGACUCUGUGUACAACUCAGCAGAAUAGAUGCAAUGUGACAGGUUUAUCUUGUGGGGAAACCUACAACCUAAGCCUCACCGCCAGCAACCAACAGUGCAGCCUCACAGCACCGACGCACGCCAACCUCACCACACGUCCCUGUCCGCCUCAGCGUGUAGCUGUUGACCUGCAGUGUGGUUCCCGCACUGCAGUUCUGUCCUGGGAGGAGAGGUCUGAUGUUGAACUGUAUAUAGCAACUGCCAUCAAGGCAUCAGGAGGAGGGGUGAAGAAGUGUAACUCUACAGGCUCUACCUGUCAGUUCCCCAGUCUGGUCUGUGGAGAGACGUACAACUUUACUAUCACAGCUCAGAGCCAAGGCUGCUACAGCCAGGCCAGUACUACUGUGUCCAUCCAAACAGAGCCUUGCCAGCCUGUGAUUGUGUCUGCUCAAGCGCUCUGUCAAAGUGAGGAUGUCCAGAUCGCCUGGCACCAAGCAAGCGGUGUUAUGAAUUACUUGGUUACAGCCACAGGGAGCCUUGGAUAUAUGAGGAUCUACAACACAAACCAGACCCUUCUAUCAGCCACUCUGCCAUGUGGACAGGACUACAAUGUUACUGUGCAAGGACAAGGCAGCGAGUGUGACAGCAACCACAGCAGCCCUGCCUUCUUCAAAACCUCCCCAUGUAUCCCCUGGGAUGUGAAGACCUAUGUGCAGUGUGAGUUUAACAUGGGAUCUGUCAGCUGGGGGCCCAGUGAUGGCGCCGAAUCAUAUGUUGCCAUAGCGACUGGCCUUGAUGGACACACCCACCAGUGUCUCACCAACACCACCUCCUGCACCUGGAAUGACCUGCACUGUGGGGAGGACUACACGGUUGUAGUGAGAGCAAAGGAUGACAACUGCACCAGCCUGCCCAGCAACAGCUCAGUCAUCCAUAUGGAUCCCUGUGUGCCCCAGAAUUUGGUUGCCUCAGUAGACUGCAAUAUGAACGUGGUUUCUCUGAGCUGGGAUGCAAGUAACGGGACAGAGUUGUACCUGGUAUCAGCUGAGGCAGGAAACACAACUACAGGGCUCACCACUAAUGUCACCUCAGCUCACUUCUCUGACUGCACCUGUGGACAAAACUACAGCCUCACAGUCACACCAUACCGCCAGCACUGUCCUGGCACCUCCAGUGCACCGGUUUCUGUACAGACAUGUAAGUUAAACACCUUUUAUACAUGUAUGUCAAAGUAUCAUAUGUAA